ACGGCAACGACCUGCUCGCCGUGGUCGCCGCGACGCAGCGCGCGCGGGCCAUCGCCAUCGAGCAGCGGCGGCCGGUCCUCGUCGAGGCCAUGACGUACCGCAUCGGCGCCCACUCGACGUCGGACGACGACUCGGCGUACCGCAACCCGCACGCGCCUGAGCAGGGGUGGGACUCGGAGCGCGCGUACUGGGAGGCGCGCUCGCCGAUCAUCCGGUUCGGGCGGUACCUCCAGUCCCUCGGCUGGUGGUCGCCCCAGAUGGAGGAGGACCUCCGCAAGGCGACCCGCAAGCAGGUGAUCAAGUCGCUAAACGACGCGUCGGCCGCGCCAAAGCCGAACAACGCGUACCUCUUCUCCGACGUGUACGACGAGCCGUCGUGGCUGCAGCGGGACCAGGAGGCGGCCCUCAACGCGCACCUCGACAAGUACCCGGAGCACUACCCCGCGGUGGUGCGCUGAGGCUGCUCGGGACUCUGUGAGAGAGAGGCUGUGCGAGAGGGCUCCCAGGAUGUGAUGCGCCGGCGUGAGUGAGAACGCCGUCGGUGGUGCAGCAUGAGGGCUCUUGGCCGCUGGCGGUCCGCGCCGCGAGUUCCCGAGAGCCAUGCGCGGGGAUGCGCUCAGCCGUGUCGGGAGAGAGUCUGCACAGAGAGCAGAGAGCUCGCGACCUCUCUGUCUCUUUACUAACGACGUUUGAGAGUAACAGGCGCACUU